AUGUUUCAAGCACCCGAGGCUCCUCCGAUGGAAUCAAACAGCGCUCUUGCUAGAAGUAGAUCUCGAUACAAGGGAAAUCGCUUGGGGAAGCAAGCAGGAAGUACUCCCGGGGGCCUGGCGACGAGCUCUGUCGAUCGUACGGCUACGCUCAAAACCAGCGCAAGAUCUCGCCAUCACAAAAAUGUACUACCACGACCCACGUUCUCCGAUGUCCAGCAGUCCAUGCACCUGCCGGAAGAGUCCAAUCCGUUUGGGGACCCAGUCAACACGGAAAUUCCAUGGAGUCCCACUGCGACCCACUCUGGGGUGCGCAAUCAAUCGACUCAAGCGAUGAAAAGCAAGAUUGAUGACGGUCUCCAGGUGUUGAAGCUAGAUUCUCUAGCUCACCUGUCUAAUAUCCCUCCUGAGCGUCGUGAGCAAAAGAGUACAAAGAUUGCGCAUCGUAGGCGGAAGUCGGGGUCCACAGAUGCAAAAGAGGUGGCUGCACCUCUUCGAGUUGAUACAAAAAAUGUCACAGGCGACGAAGCCAACUCUCAAGACAAGCACUGGUUACGUAGAUCCCCCUUCAAACCCAGACUUAGUCCUCAUGAAGUCCAGCAUGUCAAGGCACAGGAAGGGGUAAAACCAAGUACCAAUCAAAGGGUACAUGGCCCCAUCAGCAAGCCAGCUUUUGACGCUCCCAUAUCUGCUAUUAAUGCUGGAGAGCGUAGAGUUGCUGUGGAGUAUUUGAAAAGCGUCGUAUCUGUUCCAGUCACUACCUCUACGACACCUGUCGACGUUAUUAAUAUUGCCGCGUCUGAGCUCCGACUUCGCAUGGAUGUCGAUACUACGCUUGUUCUGGAGUCAUUUAGACAGCUAGGCUUGGAGCGGCCAAUAAGGAAAUAUGAGCAUAUUCGCGAUGUCUUGAAUUCGUGGGAUAACGACGCACAAAAUGCCUUGCUCCUUAUACCAUCCACCGCUAAGAACGCAAGAGAUGAUCUUAAUUCGAAGCGGGUGCUGAAGCAACCACCCGUAGAGUCUUCUAUGCAACUCUACUAUUCUCAAAGACCGAGUCAUUGGGAUAAGCGAUUAGUUUCCCUCAGAGCCGAUGGUCAAAUCCUCACAUCAAACAAGGGUUCCUCAACGAACAUUUGCCAUCUCUCGGAUUUCGACAUUUACCUUCCAACCAAGAGACAAUUAUCGAAGAAGAUCAAACCUCCUAAGAAAUUUUGUUUUGCGAUCAAAAGCCAACAAAAGUCAGCAAUGUUCUUAAGCACAGAAAAUUUUGUUCACUUUUUCUCCACAAAAGACAAAGCCUCAGCAGACCAAUGGUAUUCAGCUGUUCAAGAAUGGCGAAGUUGGUAUCUUGUGAAUAUCCUAGGCGAAGGACAAGGAGUGCGAACUGAUGGCCAAGUGCCACACCACAGCAACCGACAACAAAAUUUUCAAGACCCAGUACUGCCAGAAGGCGUCGCAGACAGAUACUCUCACACUGCAAGGCGUGCAAGCACACAGCAACACAAGAUGCAGGGGUUUUCAGUGAGCUCUAAGCAGCCAGAAAAACCUCCUCGAGAAUAUUUCCCUACCAGGCGAGGCAUCGGUCAGCCUGACUUAUCGCAAGGGUUGUCCCGCAAUACGCCCUCGAAAGGCAUUGGCACCCGUCUCCGUGGUGAUUCUGUAAUGAACACUUCUGCUAAAGCCCCUCCCCCAAUAGAUCUAAUAGACUCUGAACCGUUUGCUUCGACGGGCCUGCUAGGUCGAUCGUAUACCGUGCGGAAGAAUGCUCAGCACGAGCGUGAAGCACGUGAUAGUUCAGGUCAAACUGUAACCCCCAGGUACAGUCGAGACAGCGGUAAUAAUUUGAAUCGUACGUUGUCUCGGAAGCCCAACGAGAGACCGCUGGUCGAUCUUACUCCCUCAAACUUCGAGCCACCUCAAUUUCGCAAAGGCCGGGGAAUGAUCCCCGACCAAAUACCAGCCGGUGGCUUGAUAGAGGCAGCGACUAGUCCAGAAAGAGCUAUAGAUAUUCCGCCAGCUAGCAGUCCCCAACGGUCAGGGACCUUACGGAGACCUCGCGAUAGUAGCCCUCCUCUGAAGACUUCCGCCAGGCAGCAACCGGAAUCAUCCACUUCGAACCCCUUCCCAAGCGGCCUCUUACGCAAUCAAACUGUCAGUCAGGAUGGUAUAGGUCAUGGACGCAGGGUGAAGACAAGCCAUAGGGAUACCAAAACCCCAAUGAUCGAUCUCGUUGCGCCGAGCCAGUAUGCGCCUGGUAGCUUGCCCUCCAGCAUGCAGUAA